AUGAAAUUAUUGUUAUUGUGUUUCAUUUGUCUCGAUUUGUUGAGGAACUUAUACGUUUUGGCUUAUCCCCAGCGAGUUUGGCCAGAUCGUUACAGUGCUAGGAAAAGGAUUCUACACAAUUUGUUGCCAUUUCCACCAAAUUGUGGAGCAGAUUCUACCAGCGAUAAGAUUUACAAUGGCAAUGAUACGGCCAUUGAUGAAUUUAGCUGGAUGGUUAUAUUAGUUUAUGUGGAUCCUAGAGGUAAUCGACACUUUGACUGUGGCGGAAGUUUGAUUAACAAUCUAUAUGUUCUAACCGCUGCCCAUUGCGUUAUUGAGACUGAAGAACGUCGGCUAGUUAAUGUUCGCGUGGGUGAAUAUGACAUGAGUAAGCCUAUUGAUUGCGUCAGAGGAGUGUGCAAUCCAGCAAUUGUUGAGGUGCAGGUCAAAGAGUCAAUUUUGCAUCCACAAUAUGAUGAUGACAAUGAGAAUCUUCAUCAUGACAUUGCCUUGUUGCGUCUAAAUCAAUCAAUUGAACUGAAUCAGUACGUCCAACCAGUUUGUUUGCCCAUCACUAAAGCUAGUCCACCGAUUUUGCCGGGAGAAUUCCUUGUGGUCUCCGGCUGGGGUUGCACUCUACAAAACCAACCAAGUAACAUCAAACAGCGUCUAUCCGUUGGCGCCAACGAUCAUCAGACUUGUGUCGAAAGAUUCGCCAGUGCAGGAAACACACUGAUCCCAUCACAGAUAUGUGCUGGCGGGGAAUUCUUACACGACAGUUGCAAGGGUGAUUCGGGUGGACCCCUAAUGCGGCAGGGCUAUCAGGGAGUCUGGUAUCAGGAGGGUGUUGUCUCAUUUGGCAAGGGUUGCGGUCUCAGGGGAUGGCCUGGUAUCUACACACGCGUGGCACACUACACAAAUUGGAUACAAGACACAAUUAGGCCAUAGUAAGAAGAAGCCAAAGUAAAAGUCCUAGAUCUACUUACAUUUUUAUCUAUACUAAUUAAAGAAUACAAAGGAUAAUAGUCAGUUUAAGCACUAUUAAUUCACAUCACAAAUAAAUCUAUGAGUUUUCGCAUCAAAGUAUGUU